AAGCACCGGAGCAGCGACAACAGUCAGCUCUGACCAUGGCGGAAGAGGACGACGCGCGGAUUCGGAUUUUACAGAGCCUGCGGGGUAAAAUAUGUGAAGCAAAGAACCUGGGUCCAGUCUCAGGUCCAAAUCGACAAAGGGAUCUCUGUACCUUUUGCACCAUAAGUCUGGAUCAGGAGGAGGUGUUUCGCACCAAGGUUAUUGACAAAAGCGUCAGCCCUUUUUAUGGAGAGGACUUCUACUUUGAGAUCCCACGUCCAUUUCAGUGUUUAUCCUUCUAUGUUUAUGCCAAGAGUGUUUUCCAAAGGGAUCUAGCUGUUGGCAAGGUAUCAAUCCGGAAGGAUGACCUGUGUAAAUACAGUGGGAAGGAGCACUGGUUUGGCCUUCAGCCAGUAGAUCCUAACUCAGAGGUCCAGGGUAAGGUUCACCUUGAGAUGCGAUUGAAUGAAGUGAUCACAGAGAACGGCUCAGUAGGUCAGCACUUACUAGUCCGGAUAAUCGAGUGCCAGGAGCUGCCUUUGAUCAGUGGGCAGAACUGUGACCCCUAUGCCACAGUGUCACUUGUUGGACCUGCCAGGUCUGACCAAAAGAAAACAAAGGUAAAGAAGAAAACCAGCAACCCUCAUUUUGAAGAGACCUUCUUCUUUGAGGUCACCCGGUCCAGCAGCUACUCUAAAAAAUCUCAUUUCCAAGUGGAGGAGGAGGACAUUGAAAAACUUGAGAUCAAAGUUGAUUUGUGGAACAAUGAGAAUCUGGCUCAGGAUGUGUUUCUGGGGGAGACGCGGGUCCCCGUCAAGAUCCUGCGAAGUGACCACAUCCACAAAGCCUGGUAUCUCCUCCAGCCUAAAGGGAACGGCAGCAAGUCCAAGUCUGAUGAUUUAGGAUCCUUGCGUUUGAAGCUGACCUACAUAGAAGACACGGUGCUGCCAUCUGCCUGCUACACACCACUCUGCAACCUGCUGCUCAAAUCCCCAGAUGUGAAGCCCAUCUCAGCGUCAGCAGCACACAUCUUGGGGGACAUCUACAGAGAGCGGUAUGAGGCUGUUCUGCCUGUGGUUCGACUGCUGCUCCACCACAAUCGCUUUGUGCCUUUUGUCUCUGCUGUGGCAGCGCUAGAGCUGGACAACACUCAGGAGGCUAACACUAUAUUCCGUGGCAACUCACUGGCAACACGCUGCAUUGAUGACAUGAUGAAGAUUGUGGGAAAGAAUUACCUGGCAGUUACCCUGAAGCCUGUAAUAGAUGAGAUUUGUGAAUCCAACAAAACAUGUGAGAUAGACCCUAUUAAACUAAAGGAAGGUGACAACGUAGAGGUCAACAAGGAGAAUCUACAGGGUUAUGUCCAUAAGGUCUUUUCCUCCAUCACCCAGUCCAGUUCCAGCUGUCCCACACUCAUGUGUGACGUCUUCAGGUCACUGAGACAAUUGGCCUGCAAACGUUUCCCAGCUGACCCUCAUGUUCAGUACUCAGCUGUUAGCAGCUUUGUGUUCCUGCGGUUCUUCGCUGUUGCUGUUCUCUCUCCACACUCCUUCCAGCUCCGCUCCCAUCAUCCUGAUCCUGAGAUUUCCCGAACACUCACACUCAUCUCAAAAACCAUCCAGACUCUGGGCAGCUGGGGUAGUUUGUCAAAAAAACUGUCUAGUUUCAAAGAAACCUACAUGUAUGACUUCUUCAAAUCAUUCCAAGAGGACAAGUGUAUCGAGAAAGUUAAAAAGUUUCUGGAUGAGAUCUCCUCCAACGUCAGCAAGGAGUCUAGUGGGCUGGAGGAUGCCUGGGUUCUCAAGGAGGGGGAAGUACAGAAACGGACCCAGGGGAGAAAACGCCUUGGAAAGAAAAACUUCAAAAAAAGAUGGCUCAGAGUGACCAGCAGGGAGCUCUCCUACCACAAACAUAAAGGGAAAGAGGCCCUCUGCACCAUCAAUGUCAAAAAUAUCCAGGCGGUGGAGAAACUGGAUGAAAGUGCCUUUAACCGCAAAAAUAUGUUUCAGGUGGUCCACUCUGAGAAGCCUCUGUACGUGCAAGCAGGAAACUGUGUAGAGGCCAGUGAGUGGUUGGAGGUCCUAGGCCAGGUCAGUCGCUGCAAUGAGGGACGCCUAGCCACCUUCCAUCCAUCAAAUUUCACCAGUGGAGCCUGGCAGUGCUGCAAAAACCAGAGUAACAACGCACCAGGCUGCAAGCCCUGCACAGCCACCAUGCUGGCCAACCUGCAGCUUGACAUAGACUGUGACCGGGAAACAGAGAGAAUUUUCUCCCUUCUUUCUUCAAACGAUACCAAACUCCAGGACAUGGAGGAUGCAUGUGCCAGCAUGGCGGUGUACCAGGGCCCUCAGCGGGAGCAGGAGGAAUACUCCAAGUUCACCAUUCAGGAACCCAAAGAGACCUUUCAGACACUCAAACAGCUCCGCAACGUCAUGGAGGAACUUCAGAUGCAGCACAACAUCAGGAACGACACCACAGCGCAGUACGGCAGCCUGGACAACCCGAUAGUGGGGAAAACCUCCUAACCAGGACGGGCAGGUGUGGCCUGAGACGACCAUACCAGCAGGUGACAGUACACCACAAAGAGCACCAUAGUGACAUGCUGGUGUCUUAAAGGAGCCCCGGGAAUUUGUCCCACCGAGAACAGCUGCUGCAUGUUCAGGAGAAGAGCAACUGAUACACCCUGACCUCCAGACAUCAUGACUCCACUACAGCAAACGGGAAGUGGAUGGAUUGUGAGCUUUUCCAGGAUCUCUCCUCGUGUCGCCCUCAUCACCCCCACACCCCCUCCACUGCAGGUCCCUUAUAAAGACACUCUUUCCUUGUCUUAACUUACGUCCUCUCUUGAGUCUCCAGCUGUAUGAAAAAGGCAUCAUUAGAUGGAGUGUGAAUAGGCUGCUAUUUUUUUUAUUCACCCAGUUUUAUAUCAACAGCUGUGAUGAUACUCUCACAAUCUUUUAACAUUUUGCUCUGACAUCUCUCUUUGGCGUUGAUUGAUAAUCAUCAUUCUGGGGGAUCGUCCUCUACUUGUGCCCGAGUACACUUAUAUCUCUCUCCAUUCUUGGUGUCCUUUCUCCUCUGAACAAAUGGAUAUAUAUUUUCAGAGUACAGUUAAGUCGAUGAAACCAAUCUGCCUUACUAUGAUGGAUGUUUCUUUCACAUUAAAUGCUGAGGGAAUAAUGCAGAAGCACUUUAAAUAUUUGGAGCACUCCAAAUGUAAAAUGAUUAGAUACUUGGUAUCAGUCUCCCCCCUUUUGAUCAGUUACAUGAUCUCGAGUACAUUUUUGUUUCAUUCCUGUACAAUAACAUUGAUAGCCUGUAGUUUUUAAGAUAUUUUUCUUGACCAAAGACAAUUUCAUAGGUUUGACUUGAAAAAAAAUAAUGUAUUUUGAAUACAAAUGUUUUAAAAGUGGAUAUUAUGGAAUAUAUAUAUAUAUUUGGUUUAUCUGUACUUUUUUUUGCUAACAUUUUAGUGACUUUAGACAAGUAUGCUUUUCAGUUUUGAGUCCUGAUAGCACAUGACUGUGGUGUAGAGUUGUAUUUCGCUGUGAUUGUGAAUCGUAUUGGUACGGUGUGCAUCGGAUCUGUGCUGUCAUGUCGAGAGCCUCGCAACAUAUCUAUAGUGGUUUAUGUAAGAAAUGAUGGAGGAAUCAAUAAGAGUAACAAAUGAGCCCUGUUAUCCCUAAAUUGGUGUCGACAAUCGAUCAACACGGCAACCAACAAACACAUCAUGUCCUUGUUUUUUUCUUUAUUUUCCAAACCAGCAGUACUGCGCAGCUCCAGCUGUUGUACUUUAUGGCUUUAGAGAAUUUGUUUGAAAUGCGACACUCUGUGGCUUAGAGUUAAAAGUUGUGUUUUUAACUUUUCCACAGCUGUAAGUCGUAGCACUCCACUGCCAGUCAAGAAAAGUCUAUGUAGUAAACAAGUUAAAAUAAAAAAAAAUAAAUAAAAGAUACAUGCACUGAUAAGUCACUUUUUAAGUGACUCAUUUCCUAGUUUUAAUCCCAACAGUCAUACGUUGCAGACGUAGCACUGCAUCUGAUCUUUACAGUAACAGAAAAGAAAAGAAAGAUAUUUGGUUGAUUAUUUUUUUAAACAAUUCGGUUUAUUACACAAUAAUGAAAUGGAUGUUACAUGAUAUUGAUACUGAAACCAAAACCUCAAAAUUUUAGGUUGCGACUUUUUAAACAUUUUUACUGUUUUUCUAUCAAUCGACUCAUCGAUUAAUCAACAAAUCCUUUUUGUGCUGGAGAAAACUGAUAAAAAAAAUCAAACCUCAAUUUAAUCCUGUUUCUCUAAUGUUUUUUUUUUUUUUAGCAUAAUUUGCCCAUUUGAACAAUGAAGUGUUUAAACAAUAAAAAAAAGAAACUUGAACUUAUUUUAACAACAAAAGUUGAACAUUUAAUGCUGAUAAUACAGGGUUAACUUGUUUUGUUUGUUUUUUUUGCUUGUGGAAAUAAGUUGUUUUGUGUUGUGUUUGGUCCGUCAUAUAUUUCUAACAUGCAUGUCUUGUAUAUUUAACAAUAUAUUUUUAUAGGAAAGCGUUUUUGUAACUUUUUUUUAAACACUGAUUCAAUGUGUUGCUAUACUGGUAUGGUACCGUGUUAUUUGUCUGCAGCACUUCUUUGAGGCCGGCCGCUUUUUCUUUUUGUCCCUUUACUGACUGUAUGUGGUUGUAGCUGCUGCCAAACCUCUACUUAUAUCGAUAGCUCAACACAGAGUUACUGAAGUGAAUUUUGUGAGUGUGAUGUCCCACCGGGCUGCAGCUGGCACUGAGUCUGUUCACAUGAGGCUGUAGGUGAGUGAACUGCCUAAUCAGAGCCAAAAUACAAAUGUAAAAUGAUUUUAAGAAAUUGAUCAUUGGAUGAACUUUGUCUGUGCUUGUGAAAAGUUUUCAGUUGGACAAAAUUGAAAGAAAUAACUUCUCUGAACCAAAUUUCAACAACGAUAUAAUCAGAGCAUAAAGCUGUUGUAUACUGUGUAAGCUUGCAUGUCAAUUCAAUUUUAAUAAGAGCCGGUGAACUAGCAGUUGACGUCCUCUGGCCGUGUGCUCAUUUUCAUACAAAGGUGAACAUGUUUUGGGUUUUUAUUUCCAUUCACUUGGUCACUGAAUUAUACUUUUUUAUCUGCUUUUAAUAAGAGUUUUUUUUUUUCUCCAUUUGUUUUCCCAUGUCCGUGCAUUGUCAUGAAAUUAAAACGGUCUUUUUCAGUUUAUGGAUGAGAUGCAUGUGGAAACGCACGCAGCAGCCUGGUAGUUGUUGAAGUGCAUUAGCACAGCAGCCGUCUUGACUUUCACACGUAGGACCGUGGCCAAAAGGAUUAAGAUUAGGGUUACCAAAUGUUACCAAACUGAAAGGGAAAUAUUCAUAUUUGCUUUGAACUAUGAGAUGAAUAACAUCAGUGAAGGUAGUAGCCAACUCGUACAUCUGAUGUGGGUUUCUGAGGUCCUUAUAUUAAUUAUGGAAAUGAGAGACGUUUUAUUUUCCAUACAUGGUCUAUUUUGUGUCAUUUUAAAAGGAUUAAAAUAAACACUUUGCCAAUGAUUCUCCUAUUUGUGACAUUUCUGCAAAAAGCCAAAUAUGAAGAAAGUACUUCUGAACAUUGUAAUAGAUGAGACAUCAGGUGGUAAAACUAGUUGUUACCUGCUAGGUUUUAGUCUUUUAGUGUGAUGGAUUUUGUGCUGCUGUAUGACUUAUCUUUUCUGUGGAAGGAAUCUGGAUUAUCUCUAUGAGUAAUGAAGUAAAGCUGAUCACAUCAUCACUAAGUUCAUUUGAAUAAAAAAAAAACAAACACAUUUUUCCCUGAGAACAGUUUAUCGUUAUAAUAAAAAAACAAAGCAUUAACAGAAGGACAGGAAGGAAAGUUAUUGGGUUUGAGAAGAACUCUACAUCCCACUGACCCCUUUAAGUUUUGCUUUUGUUCACGUUCACCCCUUUCAUCCCUGUUUUAUUCUUGAAAACGGCAAUAAAUUUAAUUAAAAUUCGAUAACCAGCUGUGAAAAUAUAGGCCUGUGAUCUUGCAACUGUUUUAAGCUUUGUGUGGAAUUAAUUAUACUUCAUACUUUUAUGGGUCAUCUGUCUUAUGAUCUUCAAGAGGAAACAACACACACAAACACACGGCUCAUAGACAAGGGCUCACCAUUUCUAGAUUGUUCCACCUCAUGUUUAGAAGCUGCAAUCUGAUCCUCUGAGCAGCACAAGAAUGCAGGUAAAUCAUGUUUCUGCCAGUUGUCACCUCCUGCUUCACCUACCCUGGGCAGAGACAUGCAAUAGGUCUCCCAGCCCUCCUACAUGGGGGUAAGCGCCACAGACUGAAAGAGACUCCAAACCACGAAAUGCUUUGCUUGUAGUCGUUUUGCAUCUUUUUGAUUUCAUUUGUGUCUCUUUGAGGUCAUUUGUUUCUCUGUGUGGUCGUUUUGAGUCUUUUUUGUCAUUUUUUGCAUCCCUUUGUGGUUGUUUUGUGUCUCUUUACGAUCAUUUUGGAUGUCUUUGUAGAUUCUCUUCGAGGUCAUAUUGUCUUUUUCUGGUUUUCUUUGUGGCCCGUCUGAGUAGCUUUGUAGUCAUUUGUGUCUCUUUGGGGUUGUAUUGUGUCAUACUGGACUGGUCUUGUGUUGCUUUGUGGUAGUUUUAAAUCCCCUCUUAGUUGUUUUGCAUCUCUUCGUGGUCAUUUUUAGGCUCUUAGUGGUGGUUUCUGUAUAUCUUUGCCAUUGUCUGAUUUUUCAACAAAAAAUGUUAGCAAUCACUUCAAACAGAGGCUCCAGACCAGGAGGCCCCUGAACCCAUGGACCCCUUGGCCUGUGUGCAGUAGGCUUGUUCCAUGCUCCGGACAACAGGGAACACAUACCACAACUGAAAGACUGUGAAUCUGAAAAAGAACAGAGAACAGUUCUUUGAGCUAGUCAGUAUUAAAGUGAUGAACCGUAAUUUUUAUCAGUAGCGAUGGGUGGAGGAAAGUUUGGGAUUGACUCUUUGUUUUGCAUGUUUUUGUUCCCAGCUUUGGUCGUAGUGCAGGUUACAGGAAUUUAAUGAUUCUUCCAGACUCUCGUGAACACAGAGGUCACAGAGGUCACAGACAUUAUGACAUAUCAGCCUACUUAACUGUGUCUUACACAGAAAUGAUGAAGUGAUAUUAGUCAUUAGACCAAAAUUACUAAAGAUAUUCAACAAGUUUUUACUUUUAGGUGAAGCAACAACCUUUAACAUUUAAUAGGCUCACGUGUCCUUCAUCUUCAGCUGUCUGAGACGAUGUGACAGGCUCUUCUGAAUCCUCACAGGAACUCUAAAGACAUUGGAAAUACAAAAAUAAGAUUUCAAGAUUUCACAUUUGAAGGCAGCACACAUCUUGUGAUUGAAGUUUGUUAUAGUUGUGUAUUAAACUACUGUCUGCACCAUC